AUGGAUGACGGUUUUGCUGAUUAUCGGAAAUUUUGUGCGAAUCGCAUGCGUAGAUUAGAACGAUAUAAGAAAGCUAAAAGUUUUUGUAAUGUUGAAAAUGAAAAUAGUGGUUGUUUCAAGCAAUCGGCAUCAAUUACUUCUUUGUUGAUCAAUUUUAAGAUAUCCCUUAUGGAGAAUGAUGUUCGGCUCCUUCAACAACUUCUCGCUCUUGGAGAAUCUAUUCAAGAACUUAAAUCCAAAAAUCAAACAAGCAGUCGAGUGUCGCUAAAUUCCUUUGAUGAUGAAGAAAAUGAAGAUAUUCGGCCACUCUCAAAUGCGUCGCCAUUUAGUUCUUCAUUUUCUGCAAUUACUCAUCUUUAUGUGAACGAUGAAUAUUUUUCUCGGAAAAAUUCUGUUCUUCGUAUUCCAAUUCCACCACGAAGCACUAAUCGUAUGAGUGCUAAUCGGCGAAUUAUGUUAGCUGAACCCAGUGUGUUUAUAACUACUGAUGUAUCAUCAAGGCGAUCCAAUGGAAGUAUUGACAGUGGAAUCAGAGAUAGUAGUCCAUCAAGCGGAAGCAUCAGUCCAACAUUUAAAACUAACCACUCAUGA